UAAAUAAAUUGCAUAGGAUUCCGUUUUAUUGUAUCUCAAAUUGGGCUUCCAUGAAAAUAUUAUAUUGCAAGAGUCUGUUUGCUCGGUUGCCUAGUUACACAAAGGGAUAAAGCAACAGAUAUUCUCUGCUAAAUAUUUUGUUUUGGUUAUUCUAACCUCUAUCAGAAAAGUGAAUGGCAUGUAGGCAAAUAUUGUAAUACCUAAUUACUGAGAGCGAGUGCGGCAAAAAAUAAUGGCGGACGCUCUGUCCGCUGUCCUAAACGGCAUAUUACGGGUGGAAGGUAUAGAGGAAGCAUUCAGCUGCUUCCUCGUCCAUCGUCCGGAGGCGGAGGCUCAUAAAAUCGCGGGAUGGCAGCAGGAACUGGCCAACAUAUUCCGAAACGUGCCGCCGGAACAACUGGACGCGACAUUGCGUCAGUUCCUUUACGUCACCUCCACCUGCUCGCCGAGCCAGCGGCAAUUGCUCAUGGGUCUGCUCGAGUCGUCUGUGAGAAACGGCUCGUUGCCGGCGAGAAAACUGUGCGAGUUCCUCGUCUGCAGCGAGACGCUGCAGCACAACAACUGCGAUUUUUGGAUCGAGUGCUUUCGACUCAUUAACAGUAUCAUCGAGUUGGUAGAGUACAAGGGCGUCAGGGAAAUAAUGAAAGGUUGUUGCGAGAAGGCCAAGGCGUUGCCCUGGAGGCUUUCGUCAGGGUUGCGACCCCAAACGCGGGCAUUGAUGGACGUGGCUGGGAAAAUUAUGAAUCGGACCGCGUGUCUUUUACCCGGGUACCUCUUGGUCAACGAGCUGCAAAAGGCAUAUUCCGAGUGUCCCCAUUGGAGUCUCGCGGCGCUAUUUACGGACUACAUCGACAGUUUUCGCGCGUGCGCCCAAAUGGUGUCGAUCGUGGGGCACGCCCAAAUGCGGCCCGUGGUCGAGCACAGCGGCUGCCCGGAACAUCUCGUCAAUCCGUGGAAGCUCGACCCGUGCACCUUACGUUUCACCCUCAAAGGCACGUUGCCCUACGAGCCCGAGCUGCUGGAGAAACAGACGGGAUUAUUGCGGUACGUGCUGGAGCAGCCGUACAGCCGCGACAUGGUGUGCGGCAUGCUGGGGCUGAACAAGCAGCACAAGCAGCACUGUCAGGCCAUCGAGGAGCAGCUCGUCGAGCUGGUGAUCGCGGCGUUGGAGCGCACCGAAACCGAGGGCAACGAGACGGACGGACUCUGGCUCCACCUCUCCUCUCAGCUGAUUUACUUUGUCCUCUUCCAGUUCGCCAGUUUUCCCAACAUCGUGAUGUCGCUGCAUUCCAGAUUGCAGGGUCGCGAGUUGAGACGCGGCCGCGACCAGCUGAUGUGGGUGCUCCUCCAAUUUAUCUCGGGCUCCAUUCAGCGUAACCCCCUCUCCAAUUUCCUGCCCGUUUUGAAGCUCUACGAGCUGCUGUUUCCGGAGCAGGAGCACCCGCUGCCCGUGCCCGAUUUUAAUCAGCCGCAGUGCACGCGGCAAAUGGCGAUGACCUGCAUAUGGAUCCACCUGCUGAAAAAGGCGCAGACGGAGCAGAGCAACAUCAGCUGGCCGCUGCCCGGCAAGCUGCGAGCGCACCACGAGUUCCUGCAGCACCUGGUGCCUCCCAGCAACACGUCGUUGGCGAUGGGCAACGACUACCGCAUCGCGUUGCUGUGCAACGCCUACAGCACCAAUCAGGACUAUUUCAGCAAGCCGAUGGCCGCGCUGGUCGACACGAUCCAGGGCAACCCCAAGGGCUCGUCGCAGAGCGUGCCGUCGCUGCCCACGUGCCCGCUGAGCAUGGCGGUGCUCGACUCGCUGACGGUCCACUCCAAGAUGAGCCUCAUACACAGCAUCGUCACGCACGUCAUCAAACUCGCGCAGAGCAAGUCGGGCGUGCCUUUGGCGCCGGCGCUGGUCGAGACUUAUAGCCGCCUGUUGGUGUACACCGAGAUCGAAUCGCUGGGCAUCAAGGGCUUCAUCAGCCAGCUGCUGCCCCAGGUGUACAAGUCGCACGCGUGGGGCACCCUGUACACGCUGCUCGAGAUGUUCAGCUACCGCAUGCACCACAUCCACCCCCACUAUCGGGUGCAGCUGCUCAGCCACCUGCACUCGUUGGCGGCGGUGCCGCAGGCCAACCAGACUCAGCUCCACUUGUGCGUCGAGUCGACCGCCCUCAGGCUCAUCACGGGCCUGGGGAGCGGCGACGUGCAGCCCGAACUCUCCCGGUUCCUCGCGGAACCAAAAACGAUCGUUUCCGCGGAAUCGGAAGAGUUGAACCGGGCUCUGGUGCUGACGCUAGCUCGGGCCACCCACGUGACGGGCUCGGACGGCUCGUGGUGCCACGACCUGCUCGUCACGAUCGCCCAGAGCACGCCCCACGCGUGGGCCCCCCACACGCUCGACUGCUUCCCGCGCGCCCUCGAGGAGUUCUUCACGCAGCACGCGGUGCCCAAGGAGAACAAGGCGCAGCUGAAGAAGGCGGUCGAGGAGGAGAACCGCAAGUGGGCCUCGAUGAACAACGAGAACGACAUCAUGGCGCAUUUCGGGGUGCCGGGCGCGCCGCCCCUCUUCCUCUGCCUCCUGUGGAAGAUGCUGCUCGAGACCAAUCACAUCAGUCCGAUCGCUUACAAGAUAUUGGAGCGGAUCGGGGCGCGCGCCCUCUCCGCCCACCUUCGCAAAUUCUGCGACUGUCUGGUGUUCGAGUUUAGCAACUCGCCGGGCGGGCAGCACGUCAACAAGUGCGUGGACACCAUCAACGAUAUGAUCUGGAAGUACAACAUCGUCACCAUCGAUCGGCUGGUGUUGUGCCUCGCGCUCCGCACCCAGGAGGGUAGCGAGGCCCAGGUGUGCUCCUUCAUCAUCCAGCUGGUGCUGCUCAAAGCGACCGAGUUUCGCAACCGGGUGUCCGAUUUUGUGCGCGACAAUUCGCCCGACCACUGGAACCAGACCAACUGGCACGAGAAGCACCUCGAGUUCCACCGGAAGUACCCGGAAAAGUUCGCGCCCGAGGAGCAGUCGAGCGGCUACCAUCCCUACUUCGGCAACGUGUGUCUCCGCUUCCUGCCCGUCUUCGACAUCGUCGUCCAUCGCUUCCUCGAGAUCGCCCAGGUGCAGAAGAGUCUCGAGAUCCUGCUCGAGCACCUGGGCUGCCUGUACAAGUUCCACGACCGGCCCGUCACCUACAUGUACAACACGUUGCAUUACUACGAGGCGAAGCUGCGCGACCGUCCGCCCCUCAAGCGCAAGCUGGUCGCGGCAGUCCUCGGCAACCUGAAGGAGACGCUGUCGGAGCCCUAUCAGGCGUUCCUGCGCAACACGGACGAGGUGUGGCUGCCCGAGCUCGACUACUACAUCCAACUGGUCAAACGCGUCGUCAACGUGCUGAGCGGCUCCGGGGCCAACUCGAAGACCGACUGGCGCUUCAACGAGUUCCCGAACGCGGGGGCCCACGUCCUCUACACCGCGUGCGUCGAGCUGAUGGCGCUGUCCGCGGGCCCCACAGCCGUCGCCAACGGCCUCCUGGACGUCGUCGCCAAGGGCUACGUGAUGAUCCCGCCCGCCGACGUCCACCAGUGGAUCAACGCCAUCGGCCUGAUCCUGUCCGCGUUGCCCAACAGCUACUGGGGCGUCCUGCACGAGCGUCUCCUGACGACGCUCGCCGAACUCGACGCGUGGCCUUUCGACUGCUCCCCCUUCAGGCUGUUCAAUUUCAAGGAGACCCACACGGGGCUCCUCCACAACCGGUUCAGCUACGUGCUCGCGCUCGCGCACUCGGUGUGGCACCACGCGGGGCCCGGCCAGAUCGCGAGCGUGCCCCGCUGGGUGAGGGAGUGUCUGCCCUCGGUCGUCCGCACCGAGGAGCAGUUCCUGUUCGUGUGCCACCUCGUGGGGCCCUUCCUGCAGCGCUUCAACAUGGCCCUCGUCGACCUGACGAGCGCGCUGUACGAGCUGCUCGCGCAGGUGGACACGUCCCAGGCCGAACUCAGGCACAUGGACCCCAUCUGCGACCUGCUCUACCACAUCAAGUACAUGUUCGUCGGCGACAGCAUGAAGAAGGAGCUGGAGGCGGUCGUGAGGCGGCUGCGGCCGCCGCUGCAGCUCCGGCUGCGCUUCAUCGCGCACCUUACCUUGGAAGAGGUCAACGCCACUUGAUAAAUCGACCGUCGCCCUUUUUUAAGUUUUUAUACAUAGCGAAACCGUCAUUAUACAAUCUGAGGAAUAGGAAAA